AUGGACACCGAGGAUCAAAAAAGCCUGGAAACACGGCAGGAGUUCGUGGAAAAUGAAGAAGCAAGUGCCCAUAGGAAGCUCCCUGAGCUCGCCGAAUUGGACAUGUCUGCUGAGCUCGCAGCGCUGAGUGAAGAGGAAUACGAGAAGCUCAAGAAGUCGGCCAUCUGGAAGCUUGAUCUUCGCAUCAUGCCUCCUGUUGUGCUGAUGUAUAUCCUCAACUACUUGGAUCGUCAGAAUAUUGCCAGUGCAAAGCUGGCAAAUUUAGUGGAAGAUUUGAAUUUGAGCAGUGUUCAAUAUCAAACCUGCGUCAGUCUGCUCUUCGUCGGAUACAUCACCAUGCAGAUACCUUCAAACAUGAUUGCCAGCAAGAUCAAAAACCCUGGUGCCUAUAUCUGCAUAGCAAUGGGGGUCUGGGGCGUCAUCUGCUCUUGCACUGCUGCAGCUCAGAACUUUUCCGGACUGGUGGUUGCUCGAUUCUUUCUCGGUGUGGUUGAAGCAGUGUUUUUCCCCGGUGUUAUUUUCUACAUUUCCCUUUUCUAUACUCGACAGCAGAUGGCACUUCGAACGGCGAUCUUCUACUCAGGAUCUCAGCUGGGAAAUGCUAUUGGACCGUUGAUAGCCAUUGGAAUCCUACAGUUGGGUGGCAAACAAGGUAUCAGCGGAUGGCGUUGGCUAUAUAUCAUUGAAGGCGUGGUUACUAUCUUUUUCGCUAUCAUUUUUGCUCUCAUUUUGCCGGGUUCCCUCCAAAAUAUCCGCGGAAUGAGCAAGCUCGAGAAUGAGGCUCUGUUGUACAAUUAUGCUAUUGAUAUCGGUCAACAGGAUCAUAAGGAUGAGGCUAGCGCUACGAAAGGCUUCAUGCUCGCCGCACGGGAUCCGAAGACGUGGAUGCUUACGGCAAUUCUUUGGGCGACAUACGUUGCCGCAGCUGUGGUGAAUUGGUUUCCCUCAUUGGUUGAUACCCUGGGGUAUUCUCGAAACACCACUUACGGUCUCACUGCGACAAAAGAAAGGUUCUUUCACGUCACAAUUCCUCUAGCAGUUGCAGUAGUUGCCUAUAUCAUAGCUGUCGCGUCUUUGAACACAGGCGCUCGAUACUUCGCAAUGAUGCUCAUGCCCGGGGGCUGCUAUUCAGCCACGAUUGUCAUUCUGUCAUGGGCCACUGGUACUUUGUCUCAGCCUAGCAUCAAGCGCGCGUCGGCUAUUGCGAUUAUUAAUGCAGUUAGCAACACACCGAACAUUUGGACAUCCUACCUAUACUUCGGCGCGCCACGUUACCUGGCUGCGUUUUUGUUGAACAUGGCCAUGGCCGCCUUGGCAAUUGCUUUUGCAUUUCUCUUAUAUAUCUAUCUUCGCAGGCAAAAUGCAAAGUUGGACAGGGGCCAGGAUCUAGGGAAGAAUGGACCUACGGCUGCACAGCAGGCUGCUGGUUUCCGAUACAUCCUUUAG